GUCGCCCCUCAGCUGUCCCCGCCUUCGUCCCCGGAAGAUCUCCGCGUCCUCGGCCAUUGUUUUUCUCUUCUACGGGCACCAAAUAAAGUUUCUUCAUUCAAAAGCAGUUUUUUAAUCCACAUCCCUCCCUUUCUCAGCUCCUCCCCCGCGCCUGCACCGCCUCCUUUCCUGCGGCGAGUGAAACCCGAGCGUUGGCGUGGGGAGCGCGGAAGGUGAUGGCGGGGCCUCCGGUGUCUCUCUCGGCACGGGACGUAGGGUCAUUUGCAUAUCUUACAGUUAAAGACAGAUUACCACAGAUCUUAACCAAGGCUAUUGAUACAUUGCAUCGACAUAAAAGUGAAUUUUUCGAGAAACAUGGAGAGAAAGGCCUGGAAGCUGAAAAGAAAGCAAUUUCUCUUCUUUCUAAAUUACGGAAUGAAUUGCAAACAGAUAAACCAAUUGUUCCUUUGGUUGAGAAGUUUGUUGAUACUGACCUAUGGAAUCAGUACCUAGAAUAUCAACAGAGCCUUUUAAAUGAAAGUAAUGGAAAACCAAGGUGGUUUCUCUCACCGUGGUUGUUUGUAGAAUGCUACAUGUAUCGAAGAAUUCAUGAAGCAAUUAUCCAAAGAGUGCUGGUAAGAUUCACCUCCCUAGUGAAGUCUUUCACCUACCAUCAGGAAACUUAUAAUCAUCUCUUGGAAGUCACAGUUACUCGGGAGCAGUUAAACCACUAUCGGAAUGUGGCCGAGGCUGCCCGGAGUGAACUUGCAGCAACUCUGGUCAAAUUUGAAUCUGCUCAGUCUGAGCUUCGAGAACUGCGAUCCAAGAUGCUUUCCAAAGGAGUUUCCUGUCAAGAGUUGAAAGCUGAAAUGGAGAACUACGGAGAAAACAAUGCCAGAGAAUCGUCUCUCCUCACCUCUUUGAGAGACAGAGUUCAGGAGCUAGAAUAAGAAUCAGCGGCACUCUCCACUUCUAAAAUUAGAACUAAAAUCACAGCUCAGUCUGCAAUCAAGGAGAACCAGGAGUUAAAGAAGAAAGUUGUAGAACUGGACGAGAAAUUGCAAAAAUGUUUAAAGGAAAACAAGGAGAAUAAGGAUCAAGUCUCACAGAAUUGCAGGAAACAUGAGGAAUUUCUGGCUUAACUUCAUGACUGCUUAGAUCCAGGGAAGAAGAAUGAAAAGGCAUCAGAUGAAGAUUUAAUUCUAAAGCUUGGAGAGCUGUGCAAGGCAAACGCAUUCGUGAAAGGACAAAUCGUUACUCUUGAAGAGACUAAAAAUGUCCAUGAGAUGGAGGCAAAAGCUAGCAGAGAAACAAUCAUGAGGCUGGCUUCAGAAGUAAACAGAGAGCAGAAAAAAGCUGCCUCCUGCGUUGAAGAGAAAGAGAAGCUGAACCAGGACUUGCUCAGUGCUGUAGAGGAGAAAGAAGCUCUUGAAAGGGAAGUUAAGAUCCUCCAAGAAAGGCUGCUUGCUGGCCAGCGGGUCUGGGAUGCCUCAAAGCAGGAGCUGAGCCUCUUGAAGAGAAGCUCUCUGGAGUUGGAGAAGAGUUUGAAGGCCAGUGUGGAUGCAGCCACAGCCUCGCAGAGCGAGUACUCCUCAUUUAGGGAGAAAAUUGCAGCCCUCCUGAGGAGCAGCUCGGGCACGCUUAGGCCCACGGAGGAUGCCAUUCUGGAGAGGAUUCGAGAAAUGGGCAGCCGGGAAGAGAGCGGGAAACGGAUGGUCUCCCAGCUUGAAGCCCAAAUAUCUGAGCUUGUUGAACAGUUGGGAAAUGAGUCUGGGUUUCACCAGAGAGCUCUACAGAGAGCCCAGAAAGCAGAAAACAAGUUGGAGACUCUUCAGGGUCAGCUGACACACCUGGAGGGAGAGCUGGUCUCUGGAGACAUUUUGCGAGACAACUUGAAUUUCGAGAAGCAAAAAUAUCUUAAAUUUCUGGAUCAGCUUUCAGAGAAGAUGAAGUUGGACCAGAUGGCUGCUGAACUUGGCUUCGACACGUGUCUGGAUGUAGCUUUAGCUCGCACAGAGCAGCUGGUCUGCCUCGAGAGCAGCACAGUCAUUGAAAACAAGACGGUCGCCUACAGUUUACAGGGAAAGCUAAAGACUCAGAAAGAAAGACUGGAGAGCAAAGAGCUGCACAUGAACCUCCUCCGGCAAAAAAUAGCCCAGCUGGAGGAGGAGAAGCAGGUGCAUUCGGCAUCGGCUGUGGAGAGGGACGAGGGCAAUGUCACCAUCAGGAAGUUGCAGAAGAAGGUGGAGAGGCUGCAGAAGGAGCUGAGUGUGUGUCGAGAAUCGAACACUGAGCUCAAAGCCAAACUGGCUGACACCAAUGAGCUUAAGAUUAAAACUUUGGAACAGACCAAAGCUAUUGAAGACCUAAAUAUCCGGAGCAAACUGGAAAAGAUGAAGGAGAAUGCUGAGAAAAAGCUACUGUCUGUCAAAUCAGAAUUGGAGACUACAGAGCAUGGGGCUAAGAAGAGUAAAGAGAGGGCCAGGAACAUGCUAGAAGUGGUAACCAGUGAAAUGACGACAUUAAAAAAAUCGCUGGAAGAAGCAGAAGAGAGAGAAAAGCAGCUGGUGGACUUCAGGGAGGUGGUUUCUCAAAUGCUGGCCUUGAACAUGACCAGUCUCGCUCUUCCUGACUAUGAAAUCAUCAAAUGUCUUGAAAGACUGAUCCAUUCACACCAGCAUCACUUUGUCACCUGUGCCUGCCUCAAAGAUGUGACCACAAGGCAAGAUGGACACCCACAAGGCCACUUACAACUUCUUCAUUGAACGCCAUAUCUCUUGAGGGAGGUGGAGAUGAGAGAUAGGACAGAGUUCUCAAUUUCACAAAUUCCCCAAACCUUUGAAGUUUGAUCAGUGUGUGAAUAUCGUAUACUUUGAUGAUAGAGCAAGAAUCGAUCAUGGGCAAAAAAGGAUCUCAAAGGUGCCAGCCUUAGGUAAAUGUUUGGCACUAAAAUCACCUAUUAUUUUAUUUGCUAGCACUUUGGGACCCAGAUGAAUUUCACUAGAUUGUGUAUCUAGAAUGGGAAAUGACGGUAGAGAAAUAACAAUUAUGGGGUUUCUAUUAUGAGUCAGGAGUUCUACUACCCAAUUUAAUUCUCAUAAUAACCAUGUGGAGAAACUUUAAUGUUUUUACUUUACAACCUCUCUGGGGCUUGAGAGGUGAUCUUGGUUACCUACCUAUGAUUGCAGUUAGUUAGUGACAGAACCAGAAUGAACACCAGGUCGGCUCAGUAUCAAAGACUGCACCUUCUCUGUUAUUUCACAGUCCUACUGUUUCUCCUGAAAUUCCUGUGAUUCUGGUGGAAAUUGCCUUCAUCACAAAGGAAGGAAAACAUCUGUACAAUCAAGGAUUGAAGUCCAAAAGUGACUGAGAUUUAUGAGUGUAACCCACAUGAUUUCUUUAAAAAGCCAUACACGGGCUUCCCUGGUGGCGCAGUGGUU